AGGCGGCGGCCAUGGGCAGCUGGGCCGCGGCAACAUGGCGGCUCGCUGGCUGCAGCGGGCGCGGCGUCCUGCGCGGCGCAGCGCGGCGGCGGGGCAGCUCGCUCCGAGGCGGUGGGGAACGGGCGGCGAGCCUGAGCGAGCUGCUGCAGAGCUCGGUGGGGGACGAGGAGCCGGGCGAGGGGGAGGCGGAGGGGGAGAGGCGGGAGCGGCGGUCUCCGCGGGAGGGCGCGGUGCUGCUGUUCCCCGGGCAGGGCAGCCAGUUCGUGGGGAUGGGCCGCGGGCUGCUGCGCUACCCCGGCGUGCGGGACAUGUACCGCCUGGCCGAGAAGGUGCUGGGCUACGACCUGCUUUCGCUCUGCCUGGAGGGGCCGCGGGCCGAGCUGGACCGCACCCGGCACUGCCAGCCCGCCGUGUUCGUCGCCUCCCUGGCCGCCGUAGAGAAGCUCAACCACCUGCAGCCUAAGGUGGUGGAGAGCUGCGUGGCCGCCGCCGGCUACAGCGUGGGCGAGUUCGCGGCGCUGGUGUUCGCCGGAGCCAUGGACUUCGCGGAAGCACUCUAUGCUGUGAAGGUGCGUGCUGAGGCCAUGCAGGCGGCGGCGGAGGCCGUCCCCAGUGGGAUGCUGUCGGUCAUCGGCGGACGAGAGGCCAACUACAAAUACGCCUGCCUGGAAGCCCGUAGGCACUGUGAGUCGCUGGGCAUUGACAACCCCGUGUGCGAGAUCUCCAACUACCUGUUCCCGGAUAGCAGAGUCAUCGCAGGGCACAUACAGGCUUUGGAGUUUUUGCAGAAGAACGCCCCAAAAUUCAGCUUCACACGUACCAAAAUGCUUCCGGUCAGUGGUGCCUUCCACACACGACUCAUGGAACCAGCAGUAGAGCCGCUGGCUGAAGUCCUGAAGUCCAUCGAAAUUCAGAAACCACUGAUUUGUGUCUAUUCCAACGUCGACAGCAAAAAGUACAUGCACUCAAAGCACAUCCAGAAACUGCUGGUGAAGCAGCUCGUCUCACCCGUGCUGUGGGAGCAGACUAUGCAUUCCAUGUACCAGAGGAAGCAGGGAAUGGAAUUUCCAUACACGUAUGAAGUGGGUCCUGGGAAACAGCUGGGAGCGGUUCUCCGAAAGUGCAAUCUGAAGGCCUGGAGGCAGUACAGCCACGUGGAUGUCACAGAGGAGGAGGAAGCGGCAGAGACAUAAACAACUUUUUGAGAGGAAUCCACGCGACUUGUGCUUUCCGCGGUGUCCAAAUAAUGUCAGGCUCCUGAAAGGGGAAGUGUGAAACACCGAUGGCUCUUCGCAGUGAGAGGAGCACCACCCGUCACCACAGGAAAUGUUCUUCUCCACCGUGUGCCUUGGGUGCGGAGUGGGAGCUCGGCUCUCCCACCUGCGCCAGGACUGCAGAGUUGUCAAUAAAUGCACCAAGCAGCUUUCUCCUUGGCCCGCAUCCUGCAA